GUGACGCUCUCACUUGUUGCUUCACUGGAUUAACUUUUCCAGCGAAACAUCAACAGACCUUUGACACAUUGAAACUUCUCGCUGGGCAGGACAGCUCGCGCGUCCUGUUGACUUUUCAGUCCUAACUGAAACGAGUUGGGUUUUCACAGAAAUGUCUCUGGCAGAGCAAAGCCAGCAGUGGUUUCCCACUAGCGUGCAGGUAACGGUGCUCCAGGCGAGGGGUUUGCGGAGCAAGGGGAAGAAUGGCACCAACGACGCGUACGCCAUCAUGCAGGUGGCCAAGGAAAAGUUUUCCACCUCGGUGGCGGAGAAGAGCGUCGCGCCGGUGUGGAAAGAGGAGGCCGCGUUCGACCUGCCGCUCUUUCACCUCAGUAACGCGGAGCGCUGCACACUUCAGGUGUGUGUGAUGCACCGGGCUCUGAUGGGACCCGAUAAAAUGCUCGGACAGGCGACCAUCAACCUCCUGGAACUCCAAGACAAUAAAUCCCGUAAUAAAACUGAAUGGUUCAAAUUGAUGGGCAAGACGGGGAAGGCUGAUAAAGACAGGGGUGAGGUGCUCCUAGACGUUCAGUUCAUGAAGAACAACAUGACGGCCAGCAUGUACGACCUCUCUGGGCAGGACAAGUCACGCUCACGGCUUGGCAAGAUCAAGGAUAAGCUGAAAGGGAAAAAGAAAAAUGGGAUGUCGGAUUCUGCUUCCGCCAUUGUGCCUUCAGUCGGCCAGGUACUGACUGACAGUGAGGGAGAAGAACCUGACGCCACACCCGGAGCCAAAAAGAAGAAUAAACUCAAGUCCCUCUUCACACCCAAGCCGGGUUUGCACCGUAACAUUUCCCAGUCCAUGUCCACACUCGCCACCCUGCCUGAAAAAGACUCACCCAUCAGUCUGAGCAGAUCGUCUGGCCUAAAUAUAGAGUCUCCUGAAGGCAAAAAGAAGUUCAAAUUUCUGAAGCACAAGCGGACCGGAAGCUCUGACAGCAAGGUUUCCCAGGGUACUGGGUCUCUUGGAAUGGGCAUGGUGCAGAGCAACAUGUGCAUCAACGGCAGUCAUGUCUACACAGAAGAGCCAGAGACCAGAGGAUCCAGGGCCGGUUCCACCUUCAGCCUGAACAGCUCCGGCCACGGAUCCAUGGAGGACCUGCGCAGAGGUCAUGACAGGAAAACCUCCAGCACCUCAAUGGACUCCUCGGACCAAACUCAAGACAAUGCAGUGGAAGAGAUGCACAGAAGACAAGAGGAACAGAGGAAACAUGAAGAGGAAGUCAGGAAAAGACUAGAGGAGGAAAGAAGACAGGCUGAAGAGGAGGAGAGGAAACAGAUUGAGAGAGAACAGGAAGAGGAGAGGAAACGCUUGGAAAGAGAGGAAGAGAAGAGAAAGCUACAGAAACUGGAAGAGGAGAGGAAAAGGAUUGAGAGAGAGGAAGAAAGAAAGAGGAUAGAGAAGGAAGAAGAACGAAAACGGAUUGAAACAGAGGAGGAAAGAAAAAGGAUAGAGAGAGAAGAGGAGAGGAAACUGCUUGAGAGGGAGGAGGAAAGAAAGAGGAUAGAGAUAGAAGAGGAAAGGAUUUGGAUGGAGAGAGAGGAAGAGAAAAGGAAGCUUGAGAAACAGGAAGAAGAAAGAAGAAAUGAGGAAGAGGAAAGAGAAAGAAAAAGGAUUAAACGGGAGGAAAUUAUCAGAAUAAAGAAGGAACAGGAACGAGUUAGACAGGAAGAGGAAAGCAGGAAAGCUGAGGAGGAGAGGAUCAAAGAGGAGAAAAGGAAGAGAAUGGAGGAAGAGGAAAAGGCUAGGAAGGAAGAAGAUAAAUGGAGGAGAAUUGAGGAAGAGGAGAGAACGAGAGUUGAGAAUGAAAAGUUGCAGAAAGAAGAAGAGACAAGAAAGUUGGAGAUGGACAGAAGACGUGCUGAAGAAGAGGAGAGACUACUGAAGGAAAAAGAAAAGAUGGAAGUAGAGGAGAAAAAGAAAAGGAAAGAAAAAGAAGAAGAAGAAGAGAGAAGACUGUCUGAGGAGAUGGAAAGAAAAGAGCAAGAAAGGGUGCGACAGGAAAAAGAGAAGUUGGAGCUUGCGAACAAGAGAAUAGAAGAAAGGAUGAGAGAGGAGCAGGCGAGAAGAAAGGCUGAGGAAGAGGAGAAGAGGAAACUGAAAGAGAAAGCGGACGAGGAGAUAAUCAGGCAAGAGAAAGAAGAAAUGGAAAGACAGAAGAAAGAGAAAGAACAGCAGCCCGAGGUGAAACCCAGGAGUGCUCGAAUGAAUACGAGUAAAAAAGCAUCUGACGAGAUUAACUCGGACCACAUCCUAUUCACCAAUCCCUUUGAAGACGCCCUCUUAUUUGAUGAGAGCUCCACCAAUCCCUUUGAGCAGCCCACCGUUUCUCAACCUGAAGCCCUCAGUCGGUCCACCAAAGUCUCUGCAGUCAAGCCAAGACCCCAUGCAGUGAAACCCCUGAGCACCACUGACAAGCAGCCAGACCUCCGAGAGACCCAUGACGCUUCCAGAUCUGCUAAAAUUACAGAUGACAUGCAAGUUAAGAUAAAGGCCCCAGAGGCUAAAGGGACGGGACCGUACUCCCAGCUAACCCAUGAAGAACUCAUUAACUUGUUGGAAAAGCAGAAGCAGCAGCUUUCUCAGAAGGAUGCUAAGAUUGGGGAACUGGAGCUUUAUAUAGACAGUCUUCUGGUCCGUGUCAUGGAGGAGAGCCCCAACAUCUUAAUGUCCUUGAGCUUGAUGAAGAAGUCAGUUUGAGCACUUUUGUAGCAGAGUUUUGAAUUUAGUGUGCACUGUAAUCACAAAUAUGGGGUGAACGUCAGUGCAUGGUUGUGGGUAAAUCACAGAGGUUUACACUAAAUCCAGUAGCUGUAACUGCAGACACUAGUGAGCCGAAGUACACUUGACAUCUCGGGCUGAAUGGUGACGGAAUGAUUGUUUGUUAUUUGGCUUGCUUCAGAUCCACCUAACCAUGUGACUUCUUGUACAGUGUGACAUGUAACUUCCAUGUUUAUUCUUGUACAUGUUCAAAUAAAUAAUAUGUUAAGUAUUUUCUCCAAAGGUUUUUACUGUCCACUUUUUCCAUUUGAAUUGCUAAUAUUCUUUGAUUAGUAUCAUAUCAGUUAUAAAUAUAAUCUAUCAAAUCGUUCAAUGGAUCAUGCAACCCAUGUUUAAUAAGUAAACAAAAUGGCACUACAUAUAUUCUUGAAAAAUGUUUUAUACAAAUUACAAUGCUGUAUGAUAUUUUGUAGACAGAUCUCUGUAUUGAUACGUUUUCUUUUCAAUUAAGCACUUUAAAAGAAUCAGUUCAUCUGUAAAUAAUGAAUGUGAUCAUUUGUACUUUAUGCCUUUUGUCAUGUAAGCUGACAGCUUUAUUAUUCUCUGCUUUUGAAAUAAAGAAUGUCACAGGCGUGGCUUUAUAAAGGGCUGUGUCACACGAUUGUGUCUGUGUGCAUUUUUAAGAAUACAGGUUAAGCUUUAAAUUAUUA